AUGUGCCACUCAGUCAAGUCCAGUCCUCAGUCAGCUGCAAGUGCCACUGCAGUUCACUCAAUGUCGAUCAAUAACAGCCCCAUACUUACAAGUAUUUAUUCUGCUGCUACUGAAUCUGAAUUUAAAGUGUUGAUAGGUCAGUGUCCAUUUUCAACCGUCGCCUUUAUCUGUACCCGGCUCCACCACAACCACAUUAGAUCCCUUAACCCUCUUUAUCUAUAUAACUUCCCCCUCUGUUAUAGGCCAAUUAUUACUCCCUCUCCUUUUUCUUUUUUCCUUCUUUCCUUUCUUUGCCUUUCAAAUUUCCCUUUUUUUUAUUUUUCUUUUGUCAUUUCAGUCAUUCUUUUUUUCUUUUUCUUCACUUUUAGUUUCUUUUGCCUUCAAUCUUUUUCCUUUAAGUUUUCAUUUAAUUUUUUUUUAAAUUUUCUCUUAAUUUUAUUUCAAUUUUUCCAUCAAAUUUCUUUCAAUUUUUUCUUCAAUUUCUCCUUCAAUUUUUCCUUCAAUUUUUCCUUCAAUUUUUUCCUUCAGUUUUAUUUCAAUUUUUCCAUCAAAUUUCUUUCAAUUUUUUCUUCAAUUUCUCCUUCAAUUUUUCCUUCAAUUUUUUCUUCAAUUUUUUCCUUCAGUUUUAUUUCAACUUUUCCAUCAAAUUUCUUUCAAUUCUUUCUUCAGUUUUUCCUUCAAUUUUUCUUUCAAUUUUUUCCCCUCAAUAUUUUCCUACAAUUUUUUCCUUCAGUUUGCAAUUUUUCCCUACGAUUUUCGUUCAAUUUUUUCUCUCAGUUUCUCCCUUUUGUGAUCUUCAAUUUUUAUUUCAGUCUCUUCCUUCUUUGA